UGUUUCUGUCUGGAGGAUGCUGAAUGUCUUAUCUUGCAGAAUGUUUAUAGAUAUCCAGAGACACUGGUGCAGACAAAAGAAGCCCCCUGCUGUCCUCGCCUUCUUCCCGUCGCCUGAGCUCCGUAGCUAACGGAUAAGCUGGGAGUGCCCGGAGCCAGGCCACGACUGGAGCCAGACACCCGAGCAGUCUCCUCGGAGAGUCUGUCUCUCUGUGUGUUUACCAAAGCCUGAACCGUCUGAGGAAACUUUUUCUUUAGGAAGCAGGACUCAAACUGUCUCCUGGAGUUGUUUCCUCGGUGUAAAAAACGCUCCUUUAUUCGAGCCAGCCUUCAUCAAAACCAUUCCUUGUGUCUUCAGCAUUUUUGCUACCGACGAAGAAGAAAUCCCGUGCAGGGUCCACGAGCACACCAACACAAAAUGUAACCAGGACACAACCACUCACACCAUGACAACCAGUUGUUGCAUGACAACCAUCCAUGGCCCCACGGACAGAGGAGACCGCUGGGCUCAGGUUCUUCAUCCAGGGGCAUCUACUGCAGAGGUGCAUCCAGCCUGUUACCUGUCUAUACAUAUCAGGGGAGAAGAUGAUGAAAAACAGCAACGCAGCUGCAGGAGGGUCCCAGUAUGGACAGAGGAUGAUUUUUACAGGUCCAGAUGGAAUCGGAGACUACAGGCCGAGAUCUAAUUAUUUCCCUUGGUACAUCGGUGUGGGCGUCUCAUCACCUGAGGCCACAGGCGAUUUGAGUUACCUGUGUCGAGCUGCACCACACGCCCCCCAUCCUGCGGCCAGGCACAGCCAUGUGGGUGAGGUGGGCUGGGGCUGGCAGUACAACCAGCUGCUAAACAGUGGGACACUGCAUAGUGAUAUGCAAAUUAAGAAAACAGAAAUACGGGCAGCGCUGGAGGACAGGGUGACUCAGAGGUUCCAGAACAAACAAAACAACACAAUGGAGGAAUCCCUCCAACUCCAAGUCAACACCAAGAGUCCAAGAGGCCAUCAGAGCUAACAGCAGAUGGCUUCUACUUCCCAUGACACAAACCUGGGAUGCUCCUUGUAAUCCAGCAUCUUGUUGAUUGUUUUAUUUCCCAAUCCAUCCAGACCUUACCUCACACACAUUCUGAUAUCAAUUAUAGAAUGAACAAUUGAACUGUUUGCGCAUGUGAAAAAUCACAAGUUCACUAAACACAAUCAGGAACUCGAAUACAUCUGAAGAUAUCCACACAGAAAAAAAAGGAUGAAUUCUCUUUUGUUAAAGUUUUUGCCGCCUGCUUGGAGCAGAGGUACAUGUCAGAUAUGUCACCAAGUCAUCAAACUGAACAUUGUCUCCAAAAUAAGAGGAACAGGCUGGUGUUGUUUAUUAGAGGCUCCCCUGACCUCUCACAGGGUCACAAAUAGAUGUUUGAUUCCUGUAUUGGGGCACCAGGUAAUCCUUCCCCUCCGCUCUAGCAAUCAUACCCAUUUAUGUCUGGUGCAGAUAACAGUACAAUUUAUUCUAUUUUUUCUUACCCAGAGAGAGGAGACACCAAUUUUCAUAUAAUGAGUCCCACAGACAUCCAUUUCUUGAGGUCAGACUCUAUUUGGUGGUUAUACUUUCUGCAAUGGGCUGCUCUCAGUCUGACGCCCACCUGCAGGGAUUUGGGGGUUUAACUCUGUUGAGACAGAACAUUGAGUGUAUUUGUUUUCCUUCACUUGUUUUCCUGUUCAGUCUGAGGCAUGUUGAGGUAAAUACCUUGUAUUCAUAUAGAUGUACAGUUUUCAUAUCUUCUUUCCUGUUCUCUUAAUCUUAUCUGAUCCACCACACAUCUUGUGACGCCCUGUUUGGGGUCUAAUCAUCUUAAUGUUUACCAUCAACAGAUGAAAUAUUAAAACCUCUAAAAAGGUU